CCCUUUUUUCCCUCGCUAGCAGCCCGGACCCUUUUUUUUUUUUCUUCACGCGCCGCUUGAGGAAAACAGAGCCAGACCGACAGUCCGCCGGCCGAAAACCUGACCUGUAAAAAAGACAUUCUCGGGCGAUUGCGUCUGGUAUUUCUUGGUUUCUCUUCCAUUAUUCCUUUCCAUCCCUCAAAAACAAACAUCUCAACCCAUUUAUUCUCUCAUCCGUCGCUUAGGGAAAGGCGGUGUUAGCGAGCUCGGUCCUCCAUUUCGGUUGGCUUGACGACACACCCCUUACCGACACCAUUCCCUUCCCAGGCAACGUGUCGAGCACGUCCAAACGGCCCAGCCCGACGUUGCCAGCCGAGCGCGGGCAUUCGCACCAUAACUACCUUCGCGGACACCGCCAACAAAGACUGGGCUGACGAGAGGAUCCUAUCUCGCAACGAGGGAGCAAGUCUCCGGCGAAACAAAGGCCAAGCCUUACGCUCGCGAUCGACACUUGCCAGGAAGCAUCUCUUUGUUUUUGUUUUCUGUAUCCUCAGCUAGCUCUUGCGGCAUUUUAUCUUGAUCUCCUCGGUCACCUCGGUUGCCUCUGACGAUCAUCAAUAUGUCGGCAGUAGCGGCUAAGAAGCCGCCAGUGCCGUCGCGGGACGCCACCGCAUCGCCCACCUCACGCUCGACACCGAGGACUGUGAACCCGGGCUCUCCCGCCUCGGUCCCGACCGUGCCACGCAGGGGCUCCGUCCGUGGUGCCGCCCCUGUGACGGCACGCGCGGCGGUGCAGUCGAGGAGGGAGUCCCCGCUCAGCAAUGGUGUCAGCGGCAGCGGUCGCAACUCUCCCGCCCCCAGCACCCCCAACGCCGCAGCCACUGAGGCGGAGGAGACGGCUCGCGCCGAGGCUGUGGCGGCCAUUGAUGACCUCAAGGAGCGGCUGACACAAGCCCAAAACGCGGGUGAGUCGCAGAGGCGACAGGCCGAGGUGUUGCAGAGCCGCCUGGACGAGGCUGUGGCCGAGCAGGCCAAGCUUGAGGAGCGGGUGCACGAGCAGGAAGAGUUCGUCGAGACGCUGCGCAACGAGAAGCGCGAGGCUACCCGCCGCAUCCACGAGCUCGAGGGCAUCUACGAAGCCGAGAGGGGCGCCAUGGUGCGCGAGAAGGAGGAUUUCUCCAACCGGGAGGAGGAGAUGCAGGCUGUCAUCCAAAGACUCAAGGACAGCCUGGCCAACAGGACGAACGGAGAGGAUGAGGCCAGACCAUCGAGGCAAUCAACCCACUCUCCUGUCGAAGGCGGCUUUGCCCCGCCUGCGUCCCUCCAGCGUAGCGAUUCGCGGAACAACUCGAAGCUCCUGCUGCAGAAGGACAAGCUCAUCGAGUCGUUGCGCCUGGAACUCGCCGAGGCCCAGAUCAAGCUUGUCGAGUCGGAGAACCAGGGUGGCGGCAGACUGCAAGAGGUCGAGAGGCUGUUGAUAGAGACUCGCAUCGCAAACGCCCGCCUUCUGGAGGACAACGAGAGCUACCAGAUGCUCCUGCAGGAGCGGACUCUCAGCGGCGAUUUCAAGGGCGACUUUGGUCACUCCUCCGGCAACGGCGGUGCCUCGUCAAACCAGGAUGCCCUCAACGCCCUGGAGGGCCGCGCCGGCGACGCCCCGGAUGCAACUGGCACGAGCCUGGCAGAUGAGCUCUCCGAGGCGAACGACAAUGAGGCGGUCGACUACCGUAAACUGGAGCUCGAGCUGCGGUCGGCCAAGGACGAGAACAAGGCCCUCACGCUCUACAUCAACAAGAUCAUCGGAAGGCUGUUGCAGAGGACUGACUUUGAGGACAUCCUCCACGAGUCCCCCGAUGCCCCUGACACCAAGCCAUCAAAUACCAACAAGGAGCUGCCGCCCCCGCCCCCUCCCCCGGGUCCCUCGUUUCUGCAGCGGGCCAAGACUAUCGCCAUGGGCCGUCCUGCGUCGGUGGCCAGCGAGCCUGUCAGGCCUCGGCCGCGGCCUAUGUCGUUCAUGCCGACUUCAACCAACUCUGCACACGCAAACCCGGAAACGGCCCCCUCGAUCCCCAUCGGGCUCACGCGUGGCACCUCCGUUAGGCGCGUGGGGCGGCCCAUGUCGGACCAGUACACACCCGGCAGCGUUGUGCACCAGAUGUACCGUGGCGACUCGGCCGGCGGCCCGCUGUCGCCCUCCUCCCGGACUAGCCAGACCUUCUUCAGCUCGGCCGGGUCGCCGGGCCCAAGGACGCCAUCGGGCAGCCACCCUCAGAUGUCGUCGUCCGGCAACUUUCCCGGCAUGCGGAGCGAGACGUCGUCCACCAGUGGCGACAGCAUCCUCGGCGGCACCCCGGGCACGGCGGGCACCGAUGUGGCCAGCAUCUACACCUCGAGCCAGAGCCCGCCGCGCGCCGGCUCCGAGAAGGCGACCACCUUCUCGGGCGGCGGGCCCAGGCCGCUCAGGCUCGUGCAGGAGAACCCGGACAUCAAGAGCGCCGAGACUGCCAACAAGCGCGCCAGUUGGAUAGGCUGGGCCUUCAGCAAGAAGGACGAGCCGACCACGCCCGCCUUCACUGGCGAGCCCCUGCGGGAGUAAAAUCCGUCCAGUCUGCUCUUGAGUGAUAUUCUACUUAUUCCUUGACAAGCUUCCCCAUGACAUUUUGAGAUGAAACACACGGCCUUCUCCGCAUGAUGGAUACCACUACACAUACAUGAGCCGGGGAAUCGACCGCACCGCAACGCGACAAUGCCCUGUUACGAAUACGCGACGACGGAGACAUGGCACGGCGAAUGGGCCGCAUUCAAAGCAUUCAAUCUCAGCAUCGUCCCACCGGCAUCCCUUUCUUCGCUUUCACUAUACACCAUUUCCUGACCGUCUUGGCUUUUUUUUCUUUUAUCUUUCUCUUCACUGCCUUUCUUCUGCUUCUCCCUGGCCAAACACUGCCACAUAAGCGGCCGUGGAGAGUUUACGUUUCUAAUUCCUUGGAGGGAGGGUGCUUGGAGAAAUGUGAUCUGGAUAAGUGGCAUGCCUUUUUACCUGGAGAGAUGACUACUGUUUGUAUACGUUGCGCCCUUCGAAAAUUGACCGAAGGGGCCUACCACUCUCCUGUGCCAGCUGGAUAAUAGUGUGGACGGACUAAGGGGACCGCUUGAUCUCAACUCCACCAGCCGGACCCGAUAGCUACUGUUAUUCAUCCUCUUUAUCCUCUGAUAUUGUCUUCUUCCUGAUUGCUUUAUUGUGGCUGGUCGGUACCAAGGAUGUCCUAUUUCAAGCUCUCUUUUUCUGGAGCGUAUAUAGACCCCCCUCUUUGUUUGCUUUUUAUAGUCGAUGUUUGAACGAAUCAUCUUUCCCCUUGACGCGUCCCCCGGCUCCACUUGUCUACUUCCUGACUCC